AUGACAGACAAAUCGUCUAUACGAAAUAACACCAAAGCAGUUGAUAAUCAGCCACCUCUAUCCCCCCAAUCUUCCUCAACUUCAGGCCCGAUGCCAGUCGGCUCACGAGCCAUUAGCGUAGAGGCUAAUGUGUCGGCUGCUAUGGCAUUCUCUGAGUCGCACAGCAGUUUAACUUCUUUAGAUUCUGGUGCAGAAGCCGUUCGUGCAGCUCUGGCGGCGCUCAGAGAAGCUGAGUUUUGGGAGACAGCUCGUCAGGCAGCCGCUUAUGAGGCGUGUGGUCUGCGAUAUCGGCCUGGCGUUUAUGAAGCUUCGGCUACUAGGGAUACGGAUGAGGUUGCCUCCGGUUGUAGGCCUAAUUCAGGGCGAGCUCUAUUAAUUCAAGCUCCCAAUUCGGCUCCCAGUAUCUGCCGGCACGCUCCUUGGCGCCACCCUCUCUAUGAAGGCUUCAUGCCACCAUCGCCAUCGGCUAACGAAGAGUCUUCCUUACAUCUGUCAACUACAACAAAAUCGAUUUCUGGACAGUGUUCUUCGACGGCAUCUGUGGUCUCUCGCGUCAUAGAGAGGUCCUUCUCAUCAGAUAAGGUCGGAAUGCUUACUACUACUUAUUUUCGUUAUUUUAUUUAUAAGUGA